UAAAGGAGAGUCGAAGAUAGGCGAGGAUGGGCCAGAAAUCGAUUCACCAAUCAAUCAAUUCCAUUUCCUCCACAAAACUUUCUUCUUCUCUUUCUCUCAUUGAUUCCGACAAUGGAAGGAACCGGCGUAGUGGCGGUGUACGGUAACGGUGCGAUAACGGAGGCGAAGAAAUCUCCCUUCUCCGUCAAGGUGGGUUUGGCCCAGAUGCUCCGCGGCGGAGUAAUCAUGGACGUCGUCAACGCCGACCAGGCUCGCAUCGCGGAGGAAGCCGGCGCGUGCGCCGUCAUGGCUCUGGAGCGCGUUCCCGCCGACAUUCGCGCUCAGGGAGGCGUCGCUCGGAUGAGCGAUCCCCAGAUGAUUAAGGAUAUCAAGCAGGCCGUCACGAUUCCGGUGAUGGCGAAGGCCAGGAUUGGUCAUUUCGUGGAGGCGCAGAUCCUCGAAGCGAUCGGAAUCGAUUACAUCGACGAGAGCGAGGUGUUGACUCUCGCCGACGAGGACCACCACAUCAACAAGCAUAACUUCCGGAUCCCUUUCGUCUGCGGCUGCCGGAACCUCGGGGAGGCUCUGAGGAGGAUCCGCGAAGGUGCGGCGAUGAUCAGGACGAAAGGCGAGGCUGGGACUGGGAACAUCGUGGAGGCGGUGAGGCAUGUGAGGUCUGUUAUGGGUGACAUCAGGGUUUUAAGGAACAUGGAUGACGACGAGGUCUUCACUUUCGCCAAGAAGCUAGCUGCUCCUUACGAUCUCGUGAUGCAGACCAAACAGCUCGGCCGUCUUCCCGUCGUUCAGUUCGCCGCUGGUGGAGUCGCUACUCCGGCAGAUGCGGCUCUCAUGAUGCAGCUUGGAUGCGACGGUGUCUUCGUGGGUUCCGGUAUCUUCAAGAGCGGUGACCCGGCUCGUAGGGCGCGUGCGAUUGUGCAGGCGGUGACUCAUUACAGUGACCCGGAGAUGCUUGUGGAGGUGAGCUGUGGGCUUGGAGAGGCCAUGGUUGGGAUCAAUCUCAACGACGACAAGGUUGAGAGGUUCGCUAAUCGCUCCGAGUGAAAAGAAACCAAAACGAAAGGUAAAGUUUCAGACGAAAAUGGUUUCAGACCAUUUUUGCAGUGAUGUCCAAGAAAAAGACAAAAGAAAAAGAUGAUAUUUGAUGAGUAGUUUAUGUAAUCCCUUUGGUGUUUUCCGUUAUAAUCUUUGGUAGUGAUUGUAAUCGACUUCUUCUAUUUGCAAGAACAAGUUGUCAGUUAUAAUAAUAAGAAUAAUAAUAAUUUGUUUGUUUGUUUUUAAAA